AUGAGUGGCGGAGACGUAAAGGAGUACCUGUCUCACCAUCACGUCCCUCAGCUGCUGGAGAGUCUGUUGACAGGUCUCCUGUACCAUCGUCCUAACGACCCCGUCAGCUUCCUGCACUGCUGCCUGACCACGACUGCACAGCUGGGGGGUCCUGAGGCGGUCACCUGGGACACCUUCAUCCACCUGGAGAGACACCAGCCGAGCCCCAGACCCUCCAAAACAACAUCUGGACCCCCUAAAACACCAUCAACACUGCUGAAAAUAUCAUCCGUACCUCCAAUAAAUCCCCAGAUACCCCCCACAACACCAUCAGUACCCCCCAAAAUAACACCUAUACCCUCCACAACACCCCCAAAACUCCAGAUAACUUCUCCAAUACCUCAAACAACACCUCUAGUACUUCCAAUUACACCAUCAUUACCUCCUAUAGCCCCUCUAAAACUCAAAACAACUCUUCCAAUAGUCCAAACAUCUCCAGUAAGACCAUCAAUAACCCAAAUAACACAGCGGAUACCUCCCACAACACUCCCAAAACUCCAAACACCGUCAUUACCUCCGAUAGUACCCCGAAAACUCCAAAACUUGCAUCCAGAACCCCAAACAACACCAGUGGUAUCCUCCAUCAGCAAUAAGACACCAUGUGUGCCCCCCAAAACAGCUCCUGAACCCAAAGUCCUCCCCCCAGCUCCACCUGGACCCGUAGUGACCCCGCCUGUGAACCCUGAGAGGAAGGAACAAGACACAGAGGCGUUCAGCACCGAAGCUCCUCUUUCUGGUCCUCUUCCGCCUCGAGUCCAGUCUCAGAUCUCCAUAGACUCAGACUCUGACAUGACGGAAAGUUCUGGACUCCUGCAGGAAGUCAGUGGUCUGACUGCUCAGAGGCCACGUCCCCUCAUCAUCUUCAUCAUCGGUGGUCCAGGAAGUGGGAAGGGGACUCAGGCAGCGAGGCUUGCUCGGCGCUUCGGCUUCGGAGUCGUCUCAUUGGACGAGCUGCUCCGGAGGCAGCUACUGAGCCACGCCUCCCCCAGCAGGAGGUGGGAGGUGAUCUCAGAGAUGAUGGGCCACGGCCAGCUGGGAGCGCAGGAGGAAACCAUUGCAGAGCUGAGGAGGCAGCUGAUUGGUCCACGGGGGGUCACAGGGGUCAUCGUGGACGGGUUCCCCCGAGACGUUCACCAGGCUCUCAGCUUCCAGGAGCAGAUUGGCUGUCCUGACCUGGUGAUGCUGCUGCUCUGCUCCAAUGAGACGCUGCGAUGUCGUCUGCAGCAGCGAGCUGCUCAGCUCGGUCUCCUUGGAGACAACAGCCACGCCCUGCGGAGACGCCUGGAGACAUUUCAGAGAGACAUCGUGUCCAUCAGCCGGUACUACAGACAGCUACACCUGCUGACACAGGUACACCUGCUGACUCACCUGCUGACUCACCUGCUGACUCACCUGCUGACACAGCUGCAGAUUUACCUGCUGACUCACCUUCUGAAAGGUACACCUGCUGACACACCUGCUGACAG